CCUCGGCCCGGGGUCCUGUCCCAGCGCAGGGGCCGGCGACCGCGGUCGGGCGGGCGCCGCGCGGAGACAGAGCGGGCGUGUUCAAUGGAAGUAUGCUACCAGCUGCCGGUGCUGCCCCUGGACAGGCCGGUCCCCCAGCACGUCCUCAGCCGCCGAGGGGCCAUCAGCUUCAGCUCCAGCUCGGCGCUCUUCGGCUGCCCGCAUCCCCGGCAGCUCUCGCAGAGACGUGGAGCUAUUUCCUAUGACAGUUCUGAUCAGACUGCAUUAUACAUUCGUAUGCUAGGAGAUGUACGAGUAAGGAGCCGGGCAGGAUUUGAAACAGAAAGAAGAGGUUCACAUCCAUAUAUUGAUUUUCGUAUUUUUCACUCUCAGUCUGAAAUUGAAGUGUCUGUCUCCUCAAGAAACAUCAGAAGGUUACUGAGUUUCCAGAGAUACCUUAGAUCCUCACGCUUCCCCAGGGGUACCGCCGUUUCGAGUUCUCUAAACAUUUUAGAUGACGAUUAUGAUGGACAAGCCAAGUGUAUGCUGGAAAAAGUUGGAAACUGGAAUUUUGAUAUCUUUCUAUUUGAUAGACUAACAAAUGGAAAUAGUCUAGUAAACUUAACCUUUCAUUUAUUUAGUCUUCAUGGGUUAAUUGAGUACUUCCAUUUAGAUAUGAUGAAACUUCGUCGAUUUUUAGUUAUGAUUCAAGAAGAUUACCACAGUCAGAAUCCUUACCACAAUGCAGUUCAUGCUGCAGAUGUUACUCAGGCCAUGCACUGUUACUUAAAGGAACCUAAGCUUGCCAACUCUGUAACUCCUUGGGAUAUAUUAUUGAGCUUAAUUGCAGCUGCCACUCAUGAUCUGGAUCACCCAGGUGUUAAUCAACCUUUCCUUAUUAAAACCAACCAUUACUUGGCAACUUUAUACAAGAAUACCUCAGUACUGGAAAAUCACCACUGGAGAUCAGCAGUGGGCUUGUUGAGAGAAUCUGGUUUAUUCUCACAUUUGCCAUUGGAAAGCAGGCAACAAAUGGAGACGCAGAUAGGUGCUUUGAUACUAGCCACAGACAUCAGUCGCCAGAAUGAGUACCUGUCAUUGUUUAGGUCCCAUUUGGAUAGAGGUGACCUACGCCUAGAGGAUGGCAGACAUAGGCAUUUGGUUCUACAGAUGGCUUUGAAAUGUGCUGAUAUUUGUAACCCAUGUCGGACCUGGGAAUUAAGUAAGCAGUGGAGUGAAAAAGUAACAGAGGAAUUCUUCCACCAAGGAGAUAUUGAAAAAAAGUACCAUUUGGGUGUGAGUCCACUUUGUGAUCGUCAAACUGAGUCUAUUGCCAACAUCCAGAUUGGUUUUAUGACAUACCUAGUGGAGCCUUUGUUCACAGAGUGGGCCAGGUUUUCAGACACAAGGCUGUCACAGACAAUGCUCGGACAUGUGGGGCUGAAUAAAGCCAGCUGGAAAGGACUGCAGAGAGAGCAGCCCAGCAGCGAGGAAGCCAGUGCUGCAUUUGAAUUGAACUCACAGUUAUUACCUCAGGAAAAUCGGUUAUCAUAACCCUGAACCAGUGGGACAAACUGCCUCCUGCAGGACUGUAGAAAUGUGAACUGAGGUCUUGAUGUGAGAGAACUGACCCCCAACUGCCAGGUUUCCAGGUGAAUGAUGCCAGCAUUAUUUAUUUCCAAGAUUUCCUCUGUUGGAUCAUUUGAACCCACUUUUUAACUAUAAGACCUGGAUUUACAAGCAAUAUGCAUUUGGCUUUUGUGUGAAACCCUGAAUAUGCAAAGCCCAGCAGGAGAACCACAAAGGAGUAACAAAGGAGGAUUUUUUAUGUGUGCCACGUGUUUCAAAGCAUUUAUCCUUCAAACCCUGAAACUUGAACUGAAUCUUUCAGCAGCAAUCUUUUGGAGUCUAACCAGUCCAGUACAAACAGUGUGUAUCUGUACCCUCCACUAUGUUCUCUCCGAGAAAACAGAAAUGUGAAGUGCCCAGCCUCUGCUGCCUCUGGCAAGACUCAGUGUUUACAAAUCAACUUUGAAAAUAAUCGGUUCUAAAUUGCCUUGGAGCAUGAUUGUGAAGGAACCACUAAAACACUCACAGCUCGAGCUUGACUGCAGCUCUUCCCCGUGGUUUGCCUUUUUUCUUCUUUGGAUGCCGCCAAAGCCUCCCAUUCACUGUUCUUUUAUUUUGUGCACUGGAACCUGAGCAUUUAUCAUAGAGUACCGCCAAGCUUUCACUCCAGUGCUGUUUGGCAGUGCAGACUUUUUUUUUUAAACUUGGUUUCUAAUCUGGGGUGGGAGGGAAAGAACACCAGUGUCUAGCUGUGUUGAUUCUGCAGUGAAGACAGUGCAUGUUGUUUUCACUACUGUACACUUGACCUACACAUGCAAGAAAAAGGUGGAAUGUUUAACACACCAUAAUCAGCUCAGGGUAUUUGCCAAUCUGAAAUAAAAUGGGAUGGGGAAGUGUGUCCUUCAGAUCAAGGGUACUAAAGUCCCUUUCACUGCAGUGCGUGAGAGGUAUGUUGUGUGUGACUGUGUGGGUGUGUAUUUGCGUGCAUGCUUGUGCAUGUAUGGCUGUGCAUGUUCUGCUUAUCCAUGUGGGAAAGGAUUAGAAAUUAAGCUUUUAUUUAUUAUUUGAGAAUGUGACAUAGCAAGCAGCCACACUUGGGGGAGGGGAAGGUAGUAAGCUGUAACAGAUGCUCCAGUUGCCUUAAACUAUGCACAAAGCUAAGUGACCAAACCUCUCUGUUUUGAUUUGAAAAGUGCAUUGUUUUCUUGUCCCUCCUUUUGAUGAAACGUUACCUUUGGGUGGGCCUUUUGAUGUGAACAGAUGUUUUCUAGGACAAAAUUUAAGGACUAAUUUUAGACUUAAAAACAUUCCACUUUUGUAAUUUGUUUUAAAUUGUUUUAUGUAUAGCAAGCACAACUGUAAUCUAGUUUUAAGAGAGACCGGUGCUUUCUUUUAGCUCAUUUGUAUUUCCCUUGUUACUGUAAAAGACUGUUUAUUAAUUAUGUUUACAAUUUGUUGCAACAGCCAUCUUGGGAGAAAGCUUGAGUGUAAAGCCAUUUGUAAAAGGCUUUGCCAUGCUCAUUUUAAUAUGUGCCUGUUGCUGUUAACUUUUGAUGAAUAAAAACCAAUCUUU